AUGGUUAGACAAUUCUUCGUAGGUGGCAACACAAAGAUGCAAGUAACUUUCAACUCGUUGAACGACAUCAUCGAGAAUCUCAACAAGGCAGACCUCGAUGACAAGACAGAGAAGGUUUUGGCAGUUCCGUCCAUUUACCUUUCAGAGGCAAAGAACCGCUUAAACCCUUCAAUCGCUGUUUCUGCUCAGAACGUUUACGGGAAAAACACUGGUGCUUUCACUGGCGAAAUCGCACCAACCCAGCUCAAGGACUUUGAUAUCAAGUGGACGCUUACAGGACACUCUGAGCGUCGUCACAUCUUCAAGGAGAAUGAUGAUGAUGUUGCCAUGAGAACUAAGGGCGCUCUCAACGAGCAACUCAAUGUCAUUUUCUGUAUCGGUGAAAAGUUGGAAGAGCGUGAAUCUGGCAAGACCAAGGAGGUCGUCCAACACCAACUCAACUCUCUCAACAAAGAUAUUAGCAAGGAGGAGUGGAGCAAGAUUGUCAUCGCUUAUGAGCCUGUUUGGGCAAUCGGUACUGGCAAGGUUGCUACUCCAGAGAUUGCACAGGAAGCACACAAAGAUAUCCGUCAAUGGCUCACCACUAACCUCGGUCAAGAUGCGGCUGAUUCGGUUAGAGUCAUUUACGGUGGAUCUGUCUCCCACACCAACUGCGGUGACCUCGCUAAGCAGCCUGACAUUGAUGGAUUCCUCGUUGGCGGUGCUUCCGUCAAGCCUGAAUUCGUUCACAUCAUCAACGCUAACCAGGCCAACAAGUAA